AUGUCCAAAAAUCUUGCCUAUAUAGACCUCUCUCAUAAUAAACUGACUGGUGAGGUCCAAUCAUAUGACUGGAAAGGCCUUCAAAAUCUUACUCAUAUUGAUUUAAGUCAUAAUUCACUUUAUGGGAAUAUUCCCUCCUCUCUUUUGGCACUCCAGUUACUGAAGAAGGUUAAGCUUUCCAACAAUCAAUUUAACGGAAAAGUUAUUGACGUUCCAAAUGCACCACAAUCUUUAUUGGAUACUCUUGAUCUCAGUAGCAACCAACUGCAAGGUCCUAUACCCAACUAUUCUACCUUGGCAUCCUUCCCCAAGAUUACUAGACUGGAACUGGCUUCUUGCGGACUGAAAGUCUUUCCUGAUCUAAAGAACCAAGCAAGACUUACCUAUCUGGAUCUUUCAGACAACCAAAUUUCAGGUGAAGUACCCAACUGGAUUUGGAAUGUCGGUAAUGGCCUUCUCCAGCAUUUGAACCUUUCAUUUGAUCAGCUAGUUAGUCUGCAAAAACCUUAUCAAAUACCUGGUCUCUCAGUCCUUGACCUGCAUUCUAACAAACUUAGUGGUAAUAUCCCAACUCUUCCUCCAUCUGCGAGCUAUCUGGAUUAUUCCAGAAAUAACUUUACUUCUUCUUUACCGCCUAACAUUAGUAGCUGCCUCUCGUGUACUAUUUUCUUUUCUCUCUCAAGCAAUGGCCUUAAGGGUUUCAUUCCUAAUUCAAUAUGUGAUGCUGGUUAUCUGCAAGUUCUUGACUUGUCCAACAGCAGUCUGACUGGUGCAGUACCAAAAUGUUUAAUUGAAAGGAUAGUAUCUCUAGGGGUACCGAAUCUUAGGGGCAACAGUCUCAGUGGCAAUAUUCCUGAUGCAUUUUUAAGUCAUUGUUCCAUACAAACACUAAAUGUCAAUGGCUAUGAGCUUGAAGGGAAGAUUCCAAGAUCCCUCGCUAGGUGCAAAAUGCUGGAGGUGUUAGACCUUGGUAACAAUCGGAUCAGUGAUUCCUUCCCUUGCCAUUUGAAGAACAUAUCCACCUUGCGGAUUCUGGUUUUGAGAGCAAAUGAAUUUCAUGGGAAAAUUGGUUGUCCAGCAAUUAUGGCCCCCCGGCCAAAACAUCAAAUUGUCGACAUUGCUCACCAUAGUUUUAAAGGAAGACUACCAGAGAAAUGGUUAACAACAUGGGAGGCAAUGAUGGUUGAUGACGAUGAAGCCCAAUUAAGUGUUAAACACCUCCAAUUUGAGGUUCUGAAAUUAACUCAGUGGAAUUUAUUAUCUGCACGGCAUAACAGUUACCAUGAAAGGUCUAACAAUGGAGCUGGCGCAAUCCCACCAUCUUUAAGAAAGUUGCAACAGCUGGAAUCCGUGGACCUCUCAAGUAAUAACCUGUGUGGCAGUAUUCCUCAACAGCUGGCAAAACUAAAUUUCCUUGCAUUCCUUGACCUCUGA